AUGAAAUCAUCAAAUAAAUUUCAAAUUGAUAUAUUUGAUAAACUUCAAUAUUGUCAACAAUUAUUAAAAUUUCAAUCAAAAAAACAAAUAAUUAAACAUUAUCAAUUAAAAUUAACAUCAGAAGAAAAAAUUCUUUUCGAUGAAGAAGAACUUUUAUCUUCAUAUCAACAUAUUAUUGCUAAUACAUGUGGACAACAUUGUAAACAACAGCAAAUGAAAAUUUUAUUAAAUCGUUCAUCAAUUAAAGAAUCUUUUCUACCUAUUCAUCGAUAUUGUCGUAAAGGAUCUUAUCCAGGAACAUCAAUUCAACGUCAACAAAUCAAUGAUAAUCAAGUUCCAUGGAUUAUUGAUUUACCAAAUUAUAAUCCAUCUUAUUAUACACAUUCAUCAUUACUCAAUGAUACAAAUGAUGUAGAUCCAGAAAUAAUAACAACAAAUUUUAUGUGGAAUACAUUCGAUACAAAUUAUAAUAUUGAUCGACGUACAGCAAAUCCUAUUGGUUAUUAUCCAAUUGAUAAAAAAGGUUAUCCAUUAAAUCCUCUUGGUCGUACAGGUCUAUGUGGACGAGGAAAAUUAAAAUAUUGGGCAGUUAAUUAUCAAACUCAUCUUGUUAUUAUGUGUGGUACAAAUGAAAUAAAAUCUGGACAAGAAAUAUUUAAAUAUCUUAUGGUAAAACCAAAACAUGAUCAUUAUUAUCGUUUAUUAUCUACAUCAACAACUGGAACAAAUAUGAAUGCAAUUAAAAAAACACUUAAAACAUUUCUUUCUAAUAUUUAUCAAACAUGGAAUGAUUUCGAUAAUAAUAAUGAGACAAAAAUCGAUGAAAUUAUCAAACAUUUAACAUUUGUUAGUACAGCUUAUAUCGAUGAUCCAAAAAAUACAGAUAAUGCUUGGCUUGAAACUUCAAUUUGUUGUUAUAUUCAAACAAAUAUCAAUGAAAAUAUUUCAUCAAAUCAACAUAUCGAUCUUAAUGAACUUUUUCCUCAUGAAUCAUUAAAUGAAAAAACAUCUUAUACAUGGUAUCAAAUAACACGAACAAGUAAAGUACUUGAUAGUGAACGUGAUGUUAUAAGACUUAUUGCUAAACGAUAUAAUGCUUAUUGGUAA